AUGAGCAAUCUUACUUCCAUGUUCACAUUUCUGCUGCUGGAAUUCUCAGAUGUUCGAGAGCUACAGAUCUUGCACUUCUUGGUGUUUCUUGUGUUAUAUCUGAUGGCAAUCACAGGGAACCUUUUCAUCAUCAUUGCAGUUGCCCUUGACCACCACCUACAUACUCCUAUGUACUUCUUCCUGAUGAACUUGGCUGUGCUAGACAUUGGCUCACUUUCUGUCAUGGUACCCAAAUCCAUGGCUAUGUCCCUCAUGAAUGACAGCUCGAUUUCCUAUUCUGGAUGUGUUGCUCAAGUUUUCUUCUAUGUAUUCUUUGCGACCUCAGAUUUUGUCCUCCUAACAAUAAUGGCACAAGAUCGUAAUGUUGCUAUCUGCAACCCACUCAAAUAUGAGAGAAUCAUGCACAAAGGAGCUUGCAUUAAGAUGGUAGCCACUGGGGAGAUGGUCAGUCUUCUUUAUGCCAUCUUACACACUUGUGGCACCUUUGUAAUCACUUUCUGUUCUAAUAUUGUCCAUCAGUUCUUCUGUGAAGUCCCACAGUUACUAAAGCUCUCCUGCUCUGACAUUUACUUAGUUGAAGUUGGGUUCCUUGUCCUAGGCUUCGUUCUGGCACUAGGAUGCUUUAUGUUCAUCAUUGUAACAUACAUGCGGAUCUUUUCUGCAGUGUUCAGGAUCUCCUCUGAACAUGGUAAAAACAGAGCCUUCUCCACUUGUCUUCCCCACCUUAUUGUUGCCUCUGUUUUUAUAUCCAGUGGACUUUUCACCUAUGCAAAGUCUCCCACUGAAAAGUCUUCAGAUCAUGAUAUAGCUUUUGCUGUGAUAUAUGCACUAAUUCCUCCCUUGUUGAAUCCAUUCAUCUACAGCAUAAGAAACAAAGAGAUCAAGGCUGCUUUACUGAAAAUAUUAACAUUUAGAGGUGGGCUUUAA